ACUAUCCAUCCACCUAUACCGGUCUAAUGAAGUAGUGCAAUUCUAUGAGUCUCGAGCAGCCGAUCCAGAAUAAAAAUGGACCAAAUGCGUCGUCGGAAAAUGGGAAUGAAAGCUCCAAGUUAAAAAUUCGGUUUCGAGUUCGUGAACCGCAGCUUAUUGUAACUCAAAGUGCUCACGUUUUGCCAUCACCGAAAUUCUCUUCAUUGAGUGAAUACUUAAAUGAAUUUAUAUAUUUAGACGAUGGGGAGCAUUCCAAGGAACAGGCACUUGAAAGCUGUAAGCAGCAGGUCGCGUUACGGCGGCGAAUUAAUACUUUAAAGAGCCUUGGCUGCUUUGCAAAAACUCAAGGUUUGGAACACAAAAAGCAACCGAACCCAUACAAGGAGCCGGUAUUCCACGAUCAUUUGGUCUCUCAUGCUGUCCAUUUGGCAAAGAUUAUGCAUACAAAACGGCAUCAGCAUUUGUCACGGGCAAAAAAGGUUUCCGGACUCAUUACAGCGUAUUUCAAAAAGCUAUCAGGCGCUGAUGAGAAACGGAUAAGAGAUGAGGAAAAACGUCUAAAGCUUCUCGCAAAACGCACAGCUUGGGAAAUUAGGAAAAAAUGGAAGGUGAUUGAACGUGAGGUUAAACGAAGGCAAACCGAACGGGCUGAAGAAGCAAUGAGGAUUGCUGGAAAGGAGCAUAUUGCACAUAUCAUUGAACAUUCAACCCAGCUGCUGGAAGCUCGGUUGGAAAAGAAACGUCCUUCAUCAACACACUCUAUCAAAUCUACGGAAACGGAUGAAGUCGAUUGGGAUUUCCUCGGUAAAACACCGGACAAUGAGUUGAGUGUGGAGCAGCUGCGUUUGAAGUACAGCAACCCAAAUCGUAUUCAGUUUGACAACGAAGAUAGCGAGGACACUAGUGACACCUAUGAUGAUUCUGACAUGUCUGAAGAAGUCGUUGAGGAUGAAGAAGGUACUCUGGAUCAAGGCUCCACUCAGUAUGACAGCGAAGAUGAAGGACUUACCGGCAGUGAAGAUGAGAAUGACGCUUCUGAUUCGUUGCUCGCACUCUUUUCGUUCGAAGAACGGUCACAAAUGAGCAGCAGAACAGAGGAAAAAGAUAAUGCCAUGACGAAAGAACACGAGGAUGCUGGCGUUCUUGUGUCCAAAAAAGAAACCAAAAUCAAGCAAGAGCCUGUUGAGCAACAAUUUGCGCCGAUGAAACGGCGGCUUCGUAGUUACACUCCUGUUUCCCCAGAAAAUGAGCCUACCAAACGCUUAAAGCCUUCUUCUGUUGAGGAAGAGUCGAAACCGGCACCUCAAAAUGAACAGGAAAAUGACAGCGUGGAUGAAACCGUUGUUAUUCCGAGGACGUUUGAGCAUGUGAACGUUCCAUUCUUGUUCAGGGGACAGCUUCGUGAAUAUCAACACUAUGGUCUGGAAUGGCUCGCUGCACUUCACGAAAGCCGCACAAACGGUAUACUGGCUGACGAAAUGGGUCUCGGAAAAACCAUCCAGACGAUAGCGUUGCUUGCAUAUCUGGCUUGUGAAAAGGAAAACUGGGGUCCACAUUUAAUUAUUGUUCCAACCAGUGUGAUGCUUAAUUGGGAAAUGGAAUUUAAAAAGUUUUUACCAGGAUUUAAAAUUUUGACAUACUAUGGAAAUCCUCAAGAAAGAAAAGAAAAACGAAAAGGUUGGUAUAAACCGGAUACAUGGCACGUUUGCAUAACAUCAUACCAGCUCGUUUUACAGGAUCAUCAACCAUUUCGUCGGAAAAAAUGGCAAUACAUGAUCUUAGAUGAAGCCCAUAAUAUCAAAAACUUCCGCUCGCAGCGAUGGCAGGCCUUGCUAAACUUUAAUGCCGAGUACCGUUUGCUACUUACAGGCACUCCCCUUCAAAAUAAUUUAAUGGAGCUUUGGUCACUCAUGUACUUUCUAAUGCCGGCAGGCGUUGCGAAUUCCGGGGUUAGUUUUGCAAACCUCAAGGAUUUUCAAGACUGGUUUUCUAAACCAAUGGACAAAAUUAUUGAGGAGGGCGAUCAAAUGGACUCUGAAGCGUUAAUGACAGUUGCCAAGCUUCAUCGGAUACUAAGACCUUACCUUCUGCGAAGGUUAAAAUCCGAAGUGGAAAAGCAAAUGCCAGGAAAGUACGAGCAUGUAAUUCCAUGCCAACUCUCGAAAAGACAACGUUUCCUAUAUGAUGACUUUAUCACACGCGCCCAAACUCGGGAAAUUCUGGCAUCUGGAAACUUUAUGAGUAUCAUUAAUUGUCUUAUGCAAUUGCGCAAAGUGUGUAAUCAUCCCAACUUGUUUGAAGAACGGCCAAUCGUCACAUCGUUUGCUAUACGAAGAGAAGCCGUUGUUGACAUGGAAAUAAAGGAUUUUCUUGUUCGAAAGCGGUUACUUGAAACAGACCCUGGUAUGACAUUAGAUUGCUCUACAUUGCGUCUAGUAAGAACAGAUUCGGAGCAGUUUGACUCUUACGUUGCGGAUGACUUGUACGAUUUAUGUGCCAAUGAGGGUUUUAACAAACAGAUGACCCUUCUGGAAAUGCAAAUUGACAAUAGUACAACGUUAAAUUACAGCUCGCGUGCUACGUUUAGCGAAUAUUAUGCAAACUGUCGUCUGAGGGAAAAACUUGAGAAGACCAAGCACAAGGAUUAUAUCAACCGCUUGCGAUGUGACCGGCGGCCUAUUUUUGGACACAAGUUUCUUCAGUUACUGACUUCGCUUCCGAAAAAGUGUAAUGCCAUGGAGUACAACGCGAAAGCUGUGAAUCAUGCCGACUAUCAUUUACGUUCAACGAACGCGCUAAGACAAUGCGUACUCAGCCUCAGUGACAGAGCUGAGAGCAUGAGAAGCGUGUUCCAACUGUUUGCGUGUAUCACUCCAAACGUUGUCGUUGUCGAUCUACCGCAGCUAGUUUGCAGUCCGUUGCGAACAUACAUCACGCCUGAGCUCAUUUUAAACAACACUCCUUGGCAUCAAAUUUGUACGCGGUUGGCCAUUGCAUUUCCUGAUCGAAGACUAUUACAGUAUGAUUGUGGAAAACUGCAGAAACUGGAUCUCUUGUUGCGUGAAAUUGUACCUGCCGGACACAGGGUACUUAUAUUCACACAAAUGACUCGAGUUUUGGAUAUCUUGGAGCAAUUCUUGAACAUUCAUGGGUAUCGGUACCUUCGAUUGGAUGGUGCAACCAAAGUUGAACAGCGGCAGCUGCUUACGGAGCGCUUCAAUCAAGACGAACGAAUUCCGGUAUUUAUCCUGUCUACUCGAAGUGGUGGUUUGGGUAUUAACCUUACCGGUGCAGACACGGUUAUUUUUUACGAUUCAGAUUGGAAUCCACAGCUAGACGCACAAGCUCAGGAUCGUUCUCAUCGUAUUGGCCAAACCAGGGAUGUCCAUAUCUACCGUCUUAUCAGUGAAUACACUGUUGAAUCGAACAUGCUUAAGCGUGCGAAUCAAAAAAGAAUGCUCGACAAAAUUGUCAUACAAGGCGGUGAAUUCAACACUGAGUGGUUUAAAAAAGCAGAUGUUCUGGAUUUGUUUGAUGUGGAAACGAAGCCCACGGCGAACAUCCAAGAGGGUCAUGAUGAGGAGAGUAACUGGGAAGCAGCUUUGGCGGCGGCUGAGGAUGAAGAAGAUGUCAAAGCAGCCCAAGCUGCACAACACGAAAAUGCACUGGAGCGGAAUGAGUUCUACGACAUACCUUCCGCAAAAGGCACCGCAAGCACUCCCGGCAGCACUAUCAGCAACGACCAGUCUGAGGGUACGGAAAGCGUGGCCGAUGAGUUGAACGAGGAUAAUGAAGAGGAAGACGAUACUGUUGGACACAUUGAUGAGUACAUGAUUUUGUUUUUGGAACGUGAAGGAACAAGUGAUACGUGGUGAUGAUAACGCGCUCUCCCUUUUUAUUCAUUCAUUCUUUUUUUACUUAGAAUUGUUUUUUUUUUGUUAAUGACUUAAUUUCAUUUUUUGUUUCCUAUGGUCUAAACAAGGAGUGCACGAGGGAGAGUCAUGAAUUGGCAAUCUGUUGGGGUGAAAGCCGACAGUUGUAACUGCCAUGCUUGUUUUUAUUCGUUCUAAUCUCU